AUGAGCCUCAGACUCCACACCACCUCCUCAUAUACCGUGCGCAGCCCACUUCCUGUCCUACAGGUGUUGCUGCUGAUGUCACUGCUCCUGACGAUGCUGGUUCCCUCCACCAAUGGAAAACUUAGCAGUAAAGAGAGAUUGUUCCAUGUUGAACUUCGCUGCUUGUGUGUGAAGACCACCUCUGGCAUUCAUUCCAGUAACAUCCAAAGUUUGCAGGUCAACAGGGCUGGCCCCCACUGUGCCAAUGUCGAAGUAUUAGCCAUGCUAAAGAAUGGGAAGAAAAUCUGCCUGGAUCCGGAAGCCCCCAGAAUCAAGAAAAUAGUCCAGAAAAUCUUGGAAGAUGGUGGAUCAGCUGCUUAA